AACUGACCGCGCGAAUGCAAACACUUCAGGAAUCCCCCAAUGGCUGAAAAAUACUAAAAUUCGGCCGAGCAGCAGCUAUAAUCCAGUCGACGCAGCAGCACUGCCAGAGACCCAAACAUUUCGCUCCCUUGUUCGGUUUACUGCAGCGCAAUUAAAUAAGAUACGUUUGUUGUGGCCAGUGCUGCAACCCACCACGGCCCGCAUCAACCACUGCACCACUCCCUUUCGCGAUGUCACAGGUUUACUUGCUGCCGGUGGCCACGUUCCUGAUCUUCCAGGUCACCUUCCUCGGCACAUACAUCUUCGCCGUGCUGGAGGGGCAUGUGGUGCCCACGGUUCCCUACAUCAGCGAUGCGGCCACCUACUCGCCGGAGAGCUGUGUGUUCGGCCAGCUUAUCAACAUAGGCAGCGUUCUGCUGGGAAUCACCAUCUACGUGCGCUAUCGCCAGGUGCUGCAGCUGUAUGAACACCACCCGGAACUGGACGUCUCGGUGCUGCGCCAGAACCGAAUGGCGCUGUGGUUCGGACUGGUGUCCUGCCUGGGCAUCAGCUUCGUGGGCAACUUUCAGGAGACGAACGUGCGGAUUGUCCACUUCAUUGGUGCCUUCUGCUGCUUUGGCUGCGGCACCUUGUACUUUUGGAUGCAGGCGCUCAUCUCGUAUCUGAUCUUCCCCAUGUCGGGCACCCGCAUUUACGCCCACUUGCGGCUGGGCAUGUCCGUGUUCUGCACGAUCCUCUUCAUCCUGCUGGCGGUCACCGGCGUGAUGUCGCACAUCCUGUUCAAGGGACAGAAUCCGCGGAAGUGGUAUCCCUCGGACGGCGGUUGGUACUUCCACGUGGUCAGCUCCAUUUCGGAGUGGAUCAUCGCCACCAUCUUCAGCUUCUUCAUCCUCUCCUUCACGAAUGAGUUCCGCGACGUAUCGCUAUCGCAUCCCCAGAUUGCCCUGAUGUCCUAUUCGACCACCAUUUAGAGUUUACCUUCGUAGAUUAGAUAGGAGUAGAGAUCGGCGUCUGGAGUAGCCAGCGGUUCCUGCAGCUUCAACAUUUUAAGUACAAUCCAAGGUGGCAAGAGCACGGGUCUCGAGGACGUCGUGCUAGUCCGGGUGAUGUGCAUUUGCGGCCUCUCGCCUGCCUUCCCUCUCUUUCCGGUGCUCUUUCUCUGUCGGAUUGCUGUGAUAUGUGCAAAGUGUUUCCCAAAGAUGGGGAUCGAGUAGUUGCAAGUGGCGGAAAGCUGCUUGAUUGCGUUACAUUUAUUGUUUACCCGCGUUCGUUUUACAUUACACAUUUGAAUUACUAAAUCGAACUAAUCGGUAGAAAUGAUCUGUAAAUCUGUAAAAUAAAAAGCAAUUAAAUAAAAA